UAUGCCUAUUUGCACACUUUGUACACAACCGUCACGCUAUCUAUACACCGUCUACGAGUCAGAGCACAACUUACGGCUGGAGCAGUGGACUGCCUGCCACGAAUUUGUUGACCCAUACGUCGAACAUGAUUCAAUAACUUUACUUUUGGAUCUCAUCCUUCUCAAGAGGGGCGUGUACAGGCAUCUGCUGUUCAAUCGGGGGGUCGAACCACUGCGGGCAGUGGGCAAGAGAGCAGAAGACACGCAAGAUCCAGGAGGGAAAGCCGAAGAGAGUUCAGCGGGAAAACGCAAGAACGACUGGAUGUCUAUCCUUCAGCUUGGGACUGCGCUUGUUGCGAUCGACGCGGUCAUCAGAUGGAGUUACCUGGAUCCCACUUGUGCAUCAGAAGCUUCCCCUUGGACGAAAGAGAUUGCCCUGUCCUUCAUUCGUGUUUUUCUCGGAACGGCUGCUGAAACAGUUGCAUUCCAUGGAGGGAUUGUACUCUCUUGUUUCCUUGUCAUAAAACUUUCAGACUCCCUCCAGCGGUGUCUCAACCGAACGAGCAAGACUCAAUCCAAUAUUCGACAGGAAUUUCGAUUAUCCCUGAUACCGCUCAGCCUAUUUUACUCCUCUAUUACGAAGCUUUUCCUCCUUUUCCUCCUGACUAUCUGGUUGCCAACAUCCAAGACCUCUUCAUCACACUCAAACAACCCCGCACCGACAUGGGUAAACCAUCUACACAGCGACGGCGAUUUCAUCGCUGGAAUUCUCCAGCUUCUCGACGAUGACAAGCUUGACCGGGAAUGGAUCGUGCGCAACGUCCUGGGAGGAAUGUCUGCCGGGUUUGGGCUACGUGUCAUAUUGGAUAUCCACCCGCUCUUCACGACCUUGAUUAUCCUGUCUGGUUGGGCAUCGAAGAACGCUGUGGCCACUCUCAUUAGUGGAUGGGUGGGCGGCGAUGCAAGAUCCGGAGCGGCGUGGCUUGCAUAUAGCAUUCCGUA